AUGCUCCCCGACCAGACAGAAUCCAGAAAGAAACCCAGAUCCAGCAGCAGAAUCAGAACCCUCAGACCAGAACAGAACAAGCAGAACCAGAAUCCCCCAGACACAGACAAGGCAGAAUCACACAGAAUCCAGACACCAGACCCCAGGACCAGACAGAAUCCAGCAGACAGAAUCCAAGACCAGCAACACAGCCCAGCAGACCCCCAGCAGCCCCAGGCCAGAACACACCAGCAGACAGCAGACCCCACCACUCCAGAUCCAGGCCAGCCAGAAUCCCGACCCCCAGAAUCAGAAUCCAGAAGCAGAAACCAGCAGCAGAACCCAGACAGAACCCCCAGCACCCAGACCAGCCCCAGCAAGCAGAAUCAGACAGAACAGAACAGCCCUAGAACAGACAGCCAGCAGCAGACAGAACCAGAAUCCAGACAGCUAGCAGACGCCAGCAGAACCCAGACCCAGCCAGAACAGAACAGAACCCACCCAGAACCCAGGGAACCACCCAGAAUCAGAAUCAGCCCCAGAAUCCGACCCAGAACAGCAGAACAGCAGAAUCCAGGCCCCACCCAGGCAGAAUCAGACCGAAACGCACCCAGCCAGGAUCACCAGAUCAGCCCAGACAGCCAUCCCCAGACCAGACCCCCAGCAGAACAAGAAUCAAGAUCACGAAAGAACCGAAUCCCAGCCACCAGAAGACAGCCUUUAGCAAGCCAGACCAAGAACAGACAGCUUUCAGAACCAGCACCCAGAAUCAGAACAGAACAAGAAGCCCCCAGAAACACAGAACCCGCAGAACCAGCCCAGACCAGCGACCAGAGAAUCCAGCCACCAGACAAGCAGACCACGAACCCAGCCAGAACAGAACAGGACCACCAGAAGAAAGACCAGCCAGACCAGCACCAGAACGAACAGACAGACGAAACAGAACCCAUCACCCCACCAGAACAGAUCCCCAAGGACCAGCAGACAGAAUAUUGUCCCAAGAAGCAGAAAGCAGAAAUCCCCAGAACAGAACCCCAGCCGCACCAGACAGACCAGCAAAGCCAGACCCAGACCCAGAAUGGCAGAAUCAGAAUCAGAACAGACCAAGCAGAAUUCAGCAGAACCAAGAACAGAACCAGAACAGACUCGCAGAAUCCAGAACAGAACAAGCAGGAGACCCCCCACAAAUGCCAGACAGCCCAGCCCAGAACCAGAAUCAGAACCACAGAUCAGAACCCCAGAACAGCCCCGACAGAAGCCAGCAGCAGAACAGCCAGACAGAACAGGCAGAACCCCCAGCAGAAUCCAGCCCCCAGACCCAGAACAGAACCACAGCAGAACAGGAGAACAGCCCAGAAUCCAGCAGAACAGACAGACAGAAAAUCAGCAGAACCAGAACGCACAGAACAGAACAGAACAGGCAGAACCCAGCAGAAGAACAGUCAGGACACAGAGCCAGAACCCCGCCCAGAGCAGACAGAACCAGCCAGCCAUAAAUCAGAACAGAACAGAAUCCAGACAGAACAGACCCCAGAACCCAAGCCCAGAAUUCAGCCAGAAUCAGAGAAUGCCCAGAACCAGACCCCAGAAUCCCAGCCCAGACAGAAUCCAAAAGACAGCCAGAACCGCAGAACAGCCAGACCAGAAACCAGACAGAAACAGACAGCACAGAAUCAGCCCAGCAGAAUCAAGAAUUCCCCAGAACCAGAACAGAACCAGAACCAGCAGAAUCAAGACCAGACCCACAAGCAGAAUCACCGCCCCCACCAGAACCAGCCAGAAAGAACCAGCCCCCAGGACACAGACAGAAAGUCAGAACCAGACAGAACAGACCACGACACAGGCAGGAAUCACACCAGCACACAGCACAGAAUCAGACCAGCAGCAGACAGAAUCAGACAGAGCCCCAGAAAGCCAGAACAGCAGACAGAAUGCCCAGACAGAACCAGCCAGCAGAACCAGCCAGAACCAGAAUCAGAACUCAGAACAGAACCCCAGACCCCCCCAGCCCAGACAGAACCAGAACAGGAAUCAGAAAGCAGCAGGAAAGCAGACCCCCAACACCAGCAGGAGCACCAGCCAGACCAGCAGAACCAGACCAGACCCCCCCCACCAGCCGACCAGAAGCGCCCCAGAAACAGCCAGAACAGCAGGAGAAUCCCAGCAGAAUCAGCAGAUCCAGCCACCCAGAACCAGAAUAGAACCCCACAGCCAGAAAGAACAGCCCCACAGCCGAACCCAGAACCCCAGACAGCAGACAGAAUCAGGCCAGCAGAACAGACAGCAGAACCUCAGCAGCAGACAGCAGAACAGGCCAGACAGCACCAGAAUGCCUUUGAAGCAGAACCCAGGAAUCAGAACCAGGAAUACCCAGCAGAAUCCACCCAGAAGCAGCCCAGAACCCAGCAACAGACAGACCAGACAGACCAGAAUCAGGAACUAGCAGCCCAGAACCCAGAACCCCAGCAGAACAGAACGCAGCAGAAUCCAGAAACCCAGACCAGAAUACCCCAGACAAGCAGCAGAAUCAGAAAGAACCCAGCCAGACGAACAGCCCAGAAUAGCCAGCCAGACCAGAACAGCACAGAACAAGCAGAACAGAACAGAACAGCAGAAUCCAGGAACCAGACAGCAGAAUCCCCCAGCAGCACAGCCAGAACCAGCAGCAGAAUCAGAAUCCAGCCAGAACAGACAGAACCCAGCCAGAACAGGAAUUCCCAGCAGACCAGAACAGAACCCAGACCCCAGACCAGAAUCAGAUCAGCCACAGCCGGCAGAACCAAGCAGAAUCAGACCCAGAAUCAGCGAACAGAUCCAGAACCAGACAGAACCCAGAACAGAACUAGAACAGCCACAGACCAGCAGAAAGAAUUCAAACAGAAACCCACCCCCAGAGACCAGCCAGACCCCCAGCAGAACUCCAGAAUCCAGACCAGAAACAGAACAGCAGGAACCCAAAGCAGAACCCAGAAUCCCCAGGGAAUCAGCAGAAAGAACCAGCCAGAACAGCAAGCAGGCAGACAGCAGGAACAGAACCACCAAGCCCCAGCAGAAAAACAGAAACAGGCCAGAACAGAAACAGCCCCAGAAUUCAUGACAGAACAGACAGAACCCAGCCCAGCCAGACAGAACCAGCAGCAGCAUUUUCCCCCCAGGAAUCCCAGCCCCCAGACAGAAUACCACCAGCCCCAGAACAGCAAAGCCCAAGAACCACACACCCCCACAGAAUCAGAAUCAGGAACCCCAGAAUCCCAGCCCAGACAGAACCGCCCCCAGCAGACAGGAAACCAGCAGACGAAGAACCAGAAUACAGCCCAGACCAGAACCAGAAUCAGAAAUCCAGACAGCCCAGACCCAAAAGCAGAACCCCCAGGAACAGAACCAGAACCCCAGAAACCAGAAUCCUCCACCCCAGAACGAAUCCAGAACCAGCAGAACCAGCCAGACAGCAGCAGAUCAGAAUCCCAGAAUCCAGAACCCAAAGACCCACAGCCAGCCAGCAGCCCAGAAUCAGAACCAGAACAGAACCCACAGGGGGCCAGACAGAACCCCCGCCCCCAGACCAGCCACCCCACCAGCCCAGCCCCACACCAGAAUCAGGCAGACAGAACAGAAUUUCCCCCAGAACCGCACAGCAGGAACCAGCACCCCCACCAGAACACCCAGAAUCCCAGACAGACCCCCAGCGAAAAGAACCAGACCUCAGCAGAAACACCCCCACCCCCCCCAGAAACCCCCAGCCGCAAGCAGGACCAGCCCCAGAAACAGCAGCAGAAGGGAACCCAGCCCCAGCCAGAAUCCCUCCCAGCCACCACCCCAGCCGCAAGAAUCCAGCCCAGCAACAGCCAGCAGCCCCCCCCAGCAUCCCCCCCGACACCACCCACAACAGCACAGCCACCAGGCAGACCCCCACCGCACCCCACAGGAACAGAAUCAGCACAGGACCAACCCAAGAAUCAGCAGAAUCCAGACAGAACAGAAUCAGCAGCCCCCAGGCCCAGCAGCCAGCCCAGCCACAGCUCCCAGCAGCCCCCAGACACCCCCCCACCCCAGAACCAGCCCAGAAUCAGAACCCCACCCGACCCGCCAACAGCAGCAACCCAGAACCAAAAGAAAGACCAGACAGCCCAGCCCCAGCCCCCAGAACCCCAGACACCAGACAGCCAGACCCACCCCAGACAGACCCAGACCCAGAACCCCAGACAGACCCCAGAACCCCAGCCACAGAAGACAGACCCCCAGACAGACCCCAGAAACAGCCAGAAACCGACCCAACCAGACAAGCAGACAGCAGAAGCCCAGACAGCACCAGCACCCCAGCCCACGACCCUCAGCAGCACCAGCCCCCAGACCCCCAAACCAGCCCAGCAGACCAACAUCCCCACAGCCACAGAAGACACCAACCAGACAGCCACCCAGCCCACCCCAGAACCCCCCAGCAGCAGCCACGAACCAGCAACCCAGAACACCAGACCCCAGCCCAGAACCAGCACCCCAGCAACCCAGCACCAGACAGCCACAGAACCAGCAGCACCCCCAGGACCAAGCCCAGACCCCAGAAGAACCCACACAGAACAGGACCCAGACCAGCCCCAGACACCAGACAGCAGAACCAGACCAGAACCACCAGCAGAAACGACAGAACCCCAGCCCAGACCCAGCCAAACCAGACCAAGCCAGACAGACCAGACCCAGCCGGGACCCAGACACAGACCCCAGACCCAGCACCCCGACCCAGCAACACGACCAAACCCGCAGACCAGCCAGACCACCAGCAGCCCAGACCCACGACAGAACCCCCGACAGACCCCAGACCCCAGCAGACAGACAGCAGACCAGCCAGACCAGCCAGACACACGCCCCCAGCCCCCCAGAACCCCAGAACCCAGACAGAGCCCAGAACGGGACAGACCAGACAGAACCCCACCAGACCCAGACCAGAAAGCAGAACCAGAAACAGACCCAGAAGACACAGGAAGACCAGACCAGCAGCACCCAGACAGACAGAACCCAGAACCAGCAGAAAGCAGACCACAGAACGAACAGCCAGACACCCCCCAGACAGAGCCCCACAGCCAGACCAGAAUCAGCCCCCAAAACCAGACCACCAAACCCCAGCCCAGCCAGACAAGCAACCAGACAGACAGAACCCACAGCCCCAAGAGCCCAGACCAGCCCCCAGUUUCCCCCCCCAGCCAAAACCCAGCCAGCACCCAGACAGACCCCAGAACCACCAGAACAGACCCCCAGACCCCAGAACGACAGACAGACAGCCAGACCAGAACAGACGAACCAGAACACAGACCAGACCAGAGACCCCAGACCCCAGCCCAGACAGACACAGACCCCAGAACAGAACAGCCCCAGCCACCCCCCCAGCAGCCCCAGGACAGAACCCCAGACCCGACACAGACCCAGACCCCCCAGAACCCGCCCCAGCCAGCCGCAGACACCAGACCCCCCAGACAGAAUCAGACCACCAGAAGACCAGCCAGACCCAGCCAGCCAGACCAGACCAAGACCCCAGACCAGCAAUAUAAACAUGUAAUAAAAUAA